UGAAACAAGGUUUUUUUUUUUGUUCGUAUCCAUAAUCAACCCACCGUCGGAAUGGAAACCGGCAAGUUUGAUAGUCGUCAAAAAUUCCUUAAAUAUUGAUGAGAGGAUGGAAGAUCAUUACAGAAUGGACGAUCCAAAUACCUUGUGGUUGGCGAGUUAUUUAUAA